UUGCUUUUCACUCAUUGGCUCUUGGUGCGAAAAAAACAAAAAGCAAAUCUGCUGACCUCAAAAGCCAACACAAAUUACACUGUAAUAAUUAGUUCUUGCACACCUUCCUCCACCUCAAACUACAGUUGAGCUGACAGCGAUGAAUCCUUCAGGUUACCCGGCUGAAGUCGUUCCCCUGCAGGGGGGGAGGCAUGAUGGGCUCCCUGGACAGCCCAGUGCACCUACGAUGGUUCAGUACACCACUGUGAACAUCGCCGCUGAGCCCCCCCCGGACUACAUCAUCUGGUCCCUCUGCUGCUUUGUCUACUCAAACCCUUUCUGCCUUGGACUGGCAGCACUCAUCCGAUCUAUCAAGGCCAGAGACCGAAAGUUGGUUGGAGACCUGGAGGGUGCCAGACAAUACGGCUCCGCUGCCCGCCACCUCAACAUCGCGUCCUCCGUCCUGACUGCCAUCAUGAUUGUUCUUUUCAUUAUUGCAAUUUUCAGAAUGUCUGGAGAAUCAAAUAGAUACUGAGGCAACUAUUACGGACAUUAAAAAAAAUGGCAUCAUUUCAAAUAGUGUUAGAGUUGCCUGCUGCUGUGGCUUGGUGAUACUUGUGGUUCUCUGCUUAACGUGCAUGGCACAAUUUGUAACUUUUUAUGCCCUUUUACUUAUACCCUUGAGCAAAACAGACACUUAACUUUCAUUGGUGUUAAAAAGUCCUAAAUGUAACUCCACAUUUCCUUAACAGCAGUCUGUAGUCAAGUUUGAAUGCAAGACUUUGUUAUUAAAGUCAGAUUUCCUGUCAGGGA